AUUUUCCCCAUCAAGAUGUGCUCGAAUCCCAUGGCGAAAUCAAGCGCAAAGAUUAGUUUCAUGAUAAUACUGGUCUGGAUAACAGUGUUAGCCCGAGCGCAGCAAGACACCUGCCAGUCCAGCGGGUCGUUGCAGGGGAGCGCCGGCAAUUGCAAUACUGCAGACGGAUCGCAGUGCUGUAAAGCGACUGAGAGUUACCCGACAUAUGACUGCUCUCCUUCCGUCACUUCACAGACUUCUGCAGAUCUUACUCUCAAUGGCUUCGGUCAAGGAGAGAGCGGCGGCGGGGCGUCUGAAUGUGACGAGCAAUACCAUUCCAACAGUGAGAUGAUCGUGGCCUUGUCCACCGGCUGGUUUGACAAUAAGAGCCGCUGUGGAAAGCAGAUCCAAAUCAAUGCAAAUGGUAAGACGGUUACAGCUACUGUUGUGGAUGAGUGCGAUUCGAGGCAUGGGUGUGAUCAAGAGCAUGCUUUUCAGCCUCCCUGUGCUAAUAACGUUGUGGAUGCUUCCUCUGCUGUUUGGGAUGCCCUCGGCCUCAAUCAGGACGAUGGGCACGCUGAUAUUACUUGGUCGGACAGCUGCCAGUCCAGCGGCUCAUUGCAGGGCAUCGACGGCAACUGCAAUCCGGCAGAAGGAUCACAGUGCUGUCAAACGACGGAGAUCUACCGAACAUAUGACUGCUCUCCUCCCGUCACUUCACAAACUUCCGGCAUACUUACUCUCAACGGAUUCGGUGAAGGGGGGAGUGGCGGCGGGGCGUCUGCAUGUGACGGCCAAUUCCAUUCCAACAGUGAGAUGAUCGUGGCCUUGUCCACCGGCUGGUUUGACAAUCAGAGCCGCUGUGGAAAGCAGAUCCAAAUCAAUGCAAAUGGUAAUACAGUUACGGCUACCGUUGUGGAUGAGUGUGAUUCGAGGCAUGGUUGUGAUGAAGAGCAUGAUUUUCAGCCCCCCUGCCGUAAUAAUGUUGUGGAUGCUUCCUCUGCAGUUUGGGAUGCUCUGGGCCUCAAUCAGGACGAUGGACAAGCUAAUAUUACUUGGUGGGACGCUUAA